AUGCCAACGAGCUCUCCGCCGUCCCCGUCACCUAGGACCGUGCCAGGGCCUUCGCCGCCCUCCGCCUCGUCGCCUUCGACUACGAGCCGAGCCGAGGAGCACCACUACGGCGCCCCUGACCCUACUUCCUCAUCGGACGCCGCCUCCCUUGUCGUCGUCUCCGUCACCGUCGUCCAUCGUCGAACCUGCCGCCGUCUGCUGCUCCUAAGAAAUCAUGGGGCCUCCUUGUGCCUACGCGGUGAGCCCGCUUUCGAAACCCCUCCUUCCCCCUUCAUUUCCCCGCUCGUAGCACCGCCGCCCGCAAGACCGAGCCCUGGUCGCCACCAAGGCCGCGAGCUCGACGUAGCUGAGCUCGGCCAGGGCCAGCCCGCCUCACCUUUGAGCUCUCAGGACGCGGCCGCACCGCGCGUGCCCCCUGACCCCGCACAUCCUCGCGCGCGUCCACUCGGGGCCUCCCGCUGCCUUCCCGCGUUCGUCGUCGCCGCAUCUGGAGCUCUGCUCCCGCGUGCGCUCACCACCCUGUUGUCGCUCCCUGGGCCACUCUGCUCCGCGCCCCGGCUCGUUUCGCCCUCUCUGCUCGCGCGCCCUCGCGCCUACGGCGCCUGCGCGCCUCGCCGUGCGACCACCGAGCUUCGUCGCCGCCGUUGCCGUUGUUCUGCUCCUCACCGACCUCCCCCGCUCGCGCAGUUGCCCCGGUCGGCGCGACACGCCGAGCCGGAUCGGACGAGCCUGCCUGCGCAGCGAACGGCUGCCGGAAUCCGCCGGCCGGAGUUCCUCCCCCGCCGCGCCGGAGUUAGCCGCCGACGUGGCCGGCUUAUUUAG